UACGAACGGUUAACAUAAUUAUAUGUAUACGUAUCGGUAAAAAGUACACUUAGGAGAAACAAUUUACCUUUCACUUUACCUGUGAAAAUUCGAGACGUGUGAGGACACAUGGGAUUUCUGUUAUUGCUUCAAAAAUACAACAGCAAUAUGAAUUCAACUGUGCUGCCUCCCUCACCAAACUGGUACCUGAGCAAUAUUCUUGUUUAUUCGAAGCGUAAAACUUUAGCAUGGGGUGCCAGAAAUUGUAUUGUUAUUGCCAAGCAAAAAAAGAAUGAUCCAGCUUUGGAGUUUUUUACAAUUCAAGAUGCUCAUGCAGACAGAGUAACUGCGUUAGCAUUUUGUCCGCAAUUUGAGCCAGAUAGUUCAGAGUUAAUAAUUUCUUGUGGCGAUGACGAUAAAGCUAAAAUCUGGAACAUAGAUAAAUUGGAGUUGGUCACAGCAUUUUCUUUCAGUGAUGCUAAGCCAAUUGUGGGAGUCGAUUGGUCAGUCAAAAAUAACAAUCUUGCGUGUGCAGUGAAUUCACAAGGCUAUCUACUGUCUUGUAACAUACAAUAUCAGACUGUUAAGAAGAUACCUCUGGGCAAGUUAACAGCUACUUGUCUGGCUUGUUGUCCUCAUGAGGCUGGUCUUGUGGCAGUAGGUGCAAAAUGCGGACUAAUUUACAUUGUUGAUCUUGAUAAAAAUGGGUCGAUAUUGUACAGAAUGAGAGGACACGAUGAAGAAAUAGUUAGUUUAUCUUGGUGUCCUUUGGAUAUCAAUGUGCUAUCUACAGAUUGCUCAAGAGAUCUUCUCUUAGCUUCAGGCUCUAAAGACAAAUCUGUGUUUAUUUGGAGAGCCGGUAGAGAUGGUAGAUGUGAGUCUAUGAUAAAUUUACCAAAACUACCGGCUAUCUCUCAGUCGCUUGGGCCUCAGCCGCACAAAAGCAAACUCGGUGCUACAGUCGGAGCUUGGACUACGGUAUGUUGGGCAGAGCCAAAUGUGCUUUUAACUAGUUCCGUCUGGGGUGAGCUUCUUUCUUGGAAUCUCUCUGCGAACAAAGGCGGGAAAAUCAAGCAGUAUGACUUACUUCAUACGUACCAUAACAGAGGAUUGUUUUGUAUAGCCGUUACACCCAAAUAUAAUGAAGUAUCCGAUAACUGGAGGGAAAAUUCUGAACUUACAAUUUGGACAUUGGCGCAAGAUCGUUGGAUCACAUGUUGCAGCAAGCGAGAAAACAAACCUGUCGAACUGAAAUACAAGAUACCUACGCAAGGAGGAUAUAUCUAUUGCUUGGCGGCUUGUCCCGUCGAUACUUCGCGUAUCGCAUUUGGCGUUGGAGAUAUGAUGCUUCGUGUGUGGAAUCUGUCCGAGCCUCAUGCAACAACUUUCGAUGUCACUACGUUUUGGCAGAAGAUAAAAGGAAAGCUCAGAGUGAUAGCGUGGCAGCCUGAAAACGAACGUUUAUUAACUUUCGGCACUUCCGAAGGUCGCGUUGGUUUGAUCGACGUAAUAAAGAAUGUACCAAUAUUGUUUAAGCAAUACCAUAGAAAUGUAAUUUACAAGCUCGAAUGGGGGCCUGUGCCAAACAAAGAAGAUUUAGGUGUGUUUUCCUGUUCGGAAGGAGAACUGGUGGUCUACGAUGUAAAAAAUCCAGACAAAGUACCCAUGUCCAUAAUAAAGGAGGAGUGCACGGAAUUUUCGUGGAAUCCUGAUAAUUUGGUGCUAGCGAUCGCACUGGAAAAUGGACGGGUUUUAUUCUACAAUCAAUAUUUCGAGAAAUGCGGCAACAUAAUUUACCUCCCGAAGAAAACGGUGAAUUGUCUGGUGUGGCAUCCCGAAAGUACAGCGGUGGACACGUGGAACUCGCCGAUGAAAGACCACCUGGCGAUCGCCUCCGACUCGCCUACCAUAUUGAUUUACGAUGUCUCCGACCUGAGGAAGAGAUUGGAAACUCGAGAGGAAAUCAUCGAACCUGCUACUACUCAGAAUGGAAACAAUCAACAGCGCAAUGCGCAUAAGUUAGUAGCGACCUUAAACGGGCACUGUGACAAAGUUGUGUGUUUGGCUUGGAGUCCACAUGUCACGGGGCACUUGGUGUCUGGCAGUUACGAUUACACCGCACAGGUGUGGAACGUUGAAAAACAGGAGUUGAUGGGCACCUACGUGGGACACAGCGGGCCCGUGCUGUGCUGCAUGUGGAGUCCCCUUAAACCGCAAUUGAUCAUCACUGGCUCGUCAGACUUCACACUGAGUAUAUGGGAUUAUACGUCUCCGGAACAAUCGCCGAAAAUACCUUCGGAAGAUAAGAAGAAAAAGCCUAAAUACAAGGCACAAAAGUAUAAAAUACAGAAUGAUACCACGGCCAACUCAAAGAAUGGAUCGGCCACGAAUAAUUCGACGAGUCCCGCUAAUCACUCUCCUGCCUCUACGAAUACUGAAAUAGUCGAAACAAAAUCUCUGCCGGAAGUGCUUAAGGAUGUAGGAAAGAGGAAAGAGAAAAAGCUGUCGUACUUUCCGAUACAUAAUAAAACGAUGAAUAUGAAACAUGCUAUGUUGAAUUGCAUCAAAAACGACAUUCGAAAGAAUCAAGAGCAAAAUUCCAAGUCGGAAAACGGAGUGAACGACGCGAUGUUGUCAUUGUUCUCCGGAAAGGAAGACCUUCAAAUAAUUAUCACAAAAGAGAAAUUUGGACACGCCAUAAGACAGAAAAAUGAUACCGUGACCGAAAUGGAAAUGUGGUGCGACGGUUUGCGACAAGACAUAGAAUGUGCAAUCAAAGAGAAGCGACUGAAUGACUUCUUAGUAUCUCUCUCAACCAGUCUUUCCGUAAAGACGUGGAGGGAAACGUGCGAGGCGUAUGCGCACCAGUUAAUAAUGGAGGGCAACGUGGAGAAAGCGGUGUCGUAUUUGCUUUGUAUACAUAAAAUCUACGAAGCCGUAAAAGCGUACUUGGACGCGCGCUUAUACAAGGAAGCGUAUGUACUCGCCAGACUUAAGCUUGCCGAUAAUGACCCGACUGUAGCGAUCGUAUUGCAAUCUUGGGCACAGUACGCUACCACUACCGGUCAGCUGGAAUUAGCAGCACAAUGUUACGUAAAAUUAGGUGAAUUCACGAAAGCGGCCAAGAUUCUCAGCCGGCGGAAUGAUCCAGACUGCUUAGAACUAGCGUCUCAAUUAGCGCUUAUAUGCGGCGACGUCGAAUUCAGCUUGUCCUUGGUUGAGGAUGCGAUGAUGCACGCUCUCGUGAAGCUCGAUUACUCGAAAGCACGCUCCCUCAUCGGGGACAUUCAGGACUUUCGGCAUCUAAAGAUAUACAUAGACGCUUACGAGGCGAUAACGAACAUAUGCAACGGAGAAACUCUGUGCGAUACGAUGCGGAAGUGGGUGGAAGGAAAAUCGGACUAUGGUAUGUUGCGAGAUCUGAAAGAGAAACACGAUGGCUCUCAUUACGAUGCUUUGCAGCGCAGCAACGCUCUCCUCACACGCACUGUUACGGAUAAUCAGGCGACGAUGCAAUUGUUGCACGCUAGUUAUCAGAUCGCUUUGGCAGCCAUGUCCGACGCAAAAGAGACUCGGUUGAGGCAUAUUGCGACGGCAUUAGGCAAAGUGUAUCAACACAAGACGGAGGGUCUUUUUACUUAUAUUCUUGUUACGUCAGACAUGAGGAAACCAACGGAUGAAGAUAGCAUUUACGCAAAGAGCAAUUGUCCCGUAUCGACGAGCGUACGCGCUUAUCUAUGCAUCGGCCUCAUAAAUUGGCUAAUAAGCGAUUUAGAGCGUCUAUCAAUCGAGGAAGAGACUCAGUUUGUGAAGUUGGUGCAUACGUUGCUGGAAGAUGCCUUCGACGAGGAAACGGAAGAUUAUGUGCGACGCGUUUGCAAAAUAAAACAACUGGGAGACCGAGUCGCGGAUCUCUCGCUUAACAGGGUAGACGAUACUACCGAUACCACGGAAGAGGAUGAACUUUACAAGUCGUACAAAAAUCUGAAACUUGAGGAGAGAAAUUUUGUGGAGGAAAGAGUCAGCGUGCCGAAUCCUCAAAUCAUUCGUAAACGUAUUUUGGAUUUGUACGAAAUGUUGCACGAUGAUACGCAUCGAACGCAAGUUUUGCCAGCUUCUUGCAAUAUCGAAGCAAACACGGAUAGUGAAGUGAAAACAGAAGAAGAAACAACAUUGGACGCAUAUUUUUCAUUGUAAACGACGAAGUAUCACAAAUUAU